AUGAUUGUCCCCUGGUGAAUGGGAACACUGCAACAAGUUAGGCAGAUCUGAGCUCAGCUGUGAAAGAGGACCGCGGCACGGUCAUUGCACAGCGCCGCUGUAGUUGUAUUAAUAUCGAGUCGCAUAGGCUGGCAGCAAUGCAGCCGUCGUGGCAGUGGAUCGAUGUCCUGGCGCUUGGCUCGCAGCUGUCGCCGAGCGCGAUGCCGCCCCCGCGCUGGGCGCUGCGCGUGGUGGCCGCGCUGGCUCUGUGCCUGGGCUUCUGGUGGCUUCACAGGGGGCAGCGCGGCUUCCCGCCUGGCCCCAGAGGGCUGCCGCUGGUGGGAAACCUCUUGCAGUUGGACCUCAAGGCCAUGCCCGCGUCCUUAGCCAAGCUCUCAGAGACUCAUGGUCCAAUUUUCAGUGUAUCUUUAGGACAGACGCAAGUUGUGAUUUUAGCCGGCAAUGACAUCAUCAAGGAAGCUCUCGUUACCCAAGCUGAGAUGUUUAUUGACCGCCCCGAAAUACCCAUCUUCAAAAAGUCUUUGGGAAAUUACGAAGGCCUGCUGCUGAGUCAUGGGUGGCAGUGGAGAGCGAGGAGGCGCUUCACCCACAUGAUGCUGAGGAACCUUGGGAUGGGCACGAAGAGCAUUGAAGAGAAGAUCGCUGAGGAGGCCGAGUUUCUAGUGCGAGCUCUAGAAAACAAAGAAGAAAAACCUUUUGAUGCACAUUCCGAAAUCAUCAACUCAACGGCAAAUGUAAUCUGCUCCAUCAUAUUUGGAGACCGCUACGACUGGAAUAAUAAAACAUUUGUGAAGCUCGUGAACAUUAUCAAUGAGAAUAUAGAACUGUCUGGUAAUGAUUGGUCCCAGAUUUUCAAUUCGUUUCCUCUGCUGAAGUAUUUCCCAGGACCCCACCAACGAAUAAACAAGAAUAAAGUUGUCUUGAAUGCGUUUAUUCAAGCCAGGAUUGAAGAACAUGACGGGGCACGCAUUCAAGGAGACCCCCGCGAUUAUUUGGACGCCUUCAUUGACAAGAGGAUUGAGGAUUCACUGAAUCCAGACACAGCCUUCUCUGACAUCGCCCUCAUUAACACGAUGGCGAACCUGUUUGUGGCUGGGUCGGAGACCACCUCCGCCACACUUAAAUGGGGUAUCCUGCUCAUGAUGACACAUCCCAAAGUACAAGAACAAGUUCAGGAAGAAAUAGAUCGCGUCGUUGGAUCCAAUCGCCGGCCGGCUUGUGCCGAUCGAGCAUCCAUGCCCUACACCAACGCCACAGUUCAUGAAAUUCAGCGCUACGCCAACAUCCUGCCGAUGGCAUUUCCACACGCUACCACCGCCGACACAAAACUGCGCGGUUAUUUCUUGCCCAAGGGCACACAAGUGGUUGCUCUCAUCCACUCGGCGCUCAGAGAAAAGUCGGUGUGGGAAACACCCGAGCAGUUCAACCCAGGCCAUUUCCUGGACAUCGAUGGAAACUUCUAUAACCGAAAUGAUUUUAUGGCGUUCUCUGCAGGGCCCCGACUUUGUCUCGGGAAGAACCUGGCCAGGAUGGAGGUCUUUCUCUUCCUCACAGCUCUGCUACAACGUUUCUCAUUUCAGGGACAGUCAGGACACCCCAUGCCUGACCUUACCCCAAAGUCAGGCAUAGUUUGGAAUCCCCAUCGCUACGAGGUUUGUGCCAUAAGGCGGUGAUAGCAUUCCAGAUAAUAGAGCUUGCAGGUCACUCAAAGUUCGAGUCAAGAAUCACUGACUAUGAACGAAUCUCACUUGAUUUGAAGCUUUCGUGACUGCAGCAAUCCAUACUCUUUGGUUCUUUCGGUAAAGUCACGUGGGUAGAAAUAAUAAUAGAUCACGACGUUUCGAUCGCAAUGCAAGCAAUCGUCAUCAGGUGAGACAACCACAGCAAGAAAACUGCUGAAGUAGGCGAGAGAGCUGCCGUGACACGAGGUUAUAUAAGUAUCGGCGGUAUUUUCUAUCUACGUGACUUUACCGAAAGAACCAAGAAUACCAAUGAAAAUAUGAUCUAAUAUUCUUAUAGGAAAUGGAAUAAAUUAAUUCAGGAAAACGUAGAAAGCAUAUACAUGACGCUUUCUGCGAUUUGUUUCUAUAAUGCUCACUGCCUCUGACAGCACAUUCGAUUCGCACGGUUGGCUACGUAUGGUGCGAAAGAAGUUCAACAUACAUAAUGACAGGAUCCCCACAUUGUAAUGAACGCCUUAAAAUACAGCAACAGGUUGGAAUGGAAAUUACAGAAAUGGAGGGGAACGGAGUGGCUUUCAGAAGCUCGCGAGACGCGGUGGGAUGGCAACAUUGCUGACGGGACGAGGGGGGCAGCUGACGGGACGAGCCAGGCGCUGAUCCCGGUUCGUCAGCGCCCCCUUGAGGCGCGUGCUUGAGGGUGAUUAGUUCAAGUGCAAGUUUUAGGUGGAGCCCUGUGAGCCAUUCGGCUCUUGAAUCGGGUGCAACUGCAACAAACAAAAAACAAAAACAUGAACAAGAAAACAUCUCAGAGUCAUCUUACUCUUUGGGUCUUUCGUGACUGCAGGAAUCCAAACUCUUUGGUUCUUUCGGUAAAGUCACGUGGGUAGAAAAUAAAAUAAAUCACGACGUUUCGAUCGCAACACAAGCAAUCGUCAUCCGAUAUAACCUCUUACCACACCGAUAUAACCUCUUACCACACCGAUAUAACCUCUUACCACACCGAUAUAACCUCUUACCACACCGAUAUAACCUCUUACCACACCGAUAUAACCUCUUACCACACCUGUAUAACAUCUUACCACGGCAUCUCUCUCCCACUUCAGCAACAACAAAAACAUGUUUCUUGAUGUGGUUUCCCACCUGAUGAUGAUUGCUUGUGUUGCGAUCGAAACGUCGUGAUUUAUUUUAUUUUAUACCUACGUGACUUUAUCGAAAGAACCAAAGAGUUUAGAGUCAUCUUCUUUGGGUCUUUCGGUAAAGUCGCGUAGAAAGGUUUAAAGAAAAUAACAAAAAAACUACGACGUUUCGAUCGCAACACAAGCGGCCGUCAUCAGGAAAAAGUCGUCGUUUUUUGUUAUUUUCUUAGAACCUAUCUACGUGACUUUACCGAAAGACCCAAAUAAUAUGAAUUCCUGCAGUCACGAAAGCUUUAAGUCAAGAUUUGAUUAGAGUCACUUGAAGAGAUUUAAAGAAUUCCGUGAUUGGUGUCGUGAGUCAGUUCACGAGUCGAUUGUUUUAAAUGUUUCUUGUUAUUUGCCGCGUGUCUCGCGGCUCGUACACUGUGCUACGAAUUUGGCACGCGGUUAAUCGCAAUACAGACAAUCCAGAGUUAACCGUGCACGAUUUUCAUCUGAUUAUAUGAAGCUGUUAGAAAUUAUUUUAGAUGAACGUGUAAUCAAUCCUGUAUAAUCAUUUAGUAGGUCACAAAUUAGCAAAACCUGUCCGGAUUUUCGCCUUGACAUCUUCUUCUUGAAAUAAAAUGAAAUGCUAUUA